AUGCCCGGUGCCUCAUUGUCGGAAGACGGGACGCGCAAUUGCCGGGACGGACAUCACCUUUGGGAAUUGGAAUGUUCUGGCGAUUGCGUGUAUUCAUCCCUGUUGAAGACUCAAUUCGGCCAUGCCAAGGGACAAAGCCAAAAGAACGACUUUGAAUCUCGUACUCGUCCAGAACGCCGCAGCUUCCGUGAGGCUCCAGACUUCAUUGCGUUCAAUAUCUCCCAAAGCUGCCAUAUCGCUGCAAACCACAAAUUAGAGUGUGGGUUCCCAAGCUCAUCAUCUUCGUCUGAGCAGAUUUUGGAUUACCUUUCCCUCUCCCUCAGUCAGUCCCCCCACCACCUUCAUCGCAUUAUCAAUUGCCCCACAAAGGGGUUUGGCCGUUUGGGUAAAAGAGGGCAGGUCGGAACGCUCCGCGCGCCCGCAAACCCGCAAUGGUACACUCGUGCAGUCGACAAUCUUGAACCCCGCUGUUUGACAAUUCGAGUUAGCAUCGUGGAUUCACGGAACCGUUUCCUCACACCUUCUCGAAAUCUCCGAUUACUCCGUCGUACCCGUACCCGUGAGCCUACACCUGUACGGUAUCUCCGUGGUCACAACACAAAGGCAGGAAGGACCUGCGCCACCAAGGCUCCUGCCGUGCUGAAGUGA